AUGGCCUCUCGCUACCGGCAGGCUGAGACUAAACUCAAGAACUUCUUCAGGAGACGCACCGUCCAAUCGCUCACACCACACCAGUUGAAUACGCUGUGGGACAGCCUGCAUGACCUGAAUCCGGAUGCAUGGCCCUGCUACCAUCCCGGUGAUGCGACGACGCUGAAGGCAGAGUCGAACUCCAAGCGCCUGCUCAUUGCGUGGGUGAGGAAGAACAUUGCCGGAGCGGAGGAGGUGGGCGUGAAGCUGCAGGCGAAGAUACUGCUGGAAGCGGCGGAGGAGCUGCGGCAGGUACAGGCUGCGAACGACACUUUGCAAGAUGAUGAGCAUGACGAUGAUGGUACUGCUGGAUCCAUGGAGGAUGACAGCAGUUUCGUCCGCGUAGACAAAAUGCAGCUUUGCGAUGCGCAUCAUGGCGAGGAGGCGACGGUGGAGAAGGAGAUAAGCGGCAAGGGUGCAGUUCGCAGGUCAAGCGUAUCAAGUCAGAGUCUAUCCGCGGGUGACGGUCGGCGCCGGGAGAAGACGAAGCACUCAUCCGCGCGGCACCAGCAAGUGGAGGUGGAAGUGGACGUCGAAGCGAAGGCAAAGGAGAUUGAGCAGAUGCGCCGCCGCAUACUCGACCUCCUUCAAAGGGCAUCCGAACCACAACAGCAAAAACUCAGCCCGGAAACCACUGCUUUCAAGCAUGAGUCGGAGGCCGAGGAUGAGGGCAACGACGUUACCGUCACGGGACAGCAUGCGGCGGCAGCGUGUAAGGCAGAGGAUGAUGUGAAGCAGGAAGAGAAGGGCUUGACAGGAGAUGUACCUGUCGUCGCUCGCCCAUCGUCCGCGAUGGCCUCCCUGCUGUCAUUACCACCAACAAUACCGCCGGCCGCCUGCGAAAUCACCUUGCCGUCAUUACCACCAACAAAACCUGCUACCCACGAGCCCUCCUCGCCGUCAAUACCACCAACAACACCGCCUGUCACCAGUGAACCCUCCCAUAUGCCGAAUCCAGCAACACCACAACCCAGCCACGCUGCAAACAGUACUGCCAUCGUGCCGCAGUCCCUCCGGCAAAUCGUCCUUCCCCACGAAGAGGUGCUCGGGUUGGAUGCCGCGCUCGUGCCGAUCUUCAACGCCGCAGCAAAAGCAUUCAUGGAGGUGCAUCCCUCACCCGCUUCCUCCCCACCCUCCCCAAUCCACUCUCACCCUCUCAUCCCGACACUCGCCCACCUGGCACACGCUCGCGGCCUGUUACUCCAGGCUGCCGCAUCGACCACCACAGGCCCGGCACAUACAUCUCCCCUACUUCCCGGCCCCCAUCAACACUACCACCACCGCCGACCGUUGAUGGAUCUUUUCUUGCCCUUGCAGUCGGCGCUAGAUGCGCUGCGCGGUGGUCUCAAUGCGGGUGGUAACCACAGUCUGGAGGAGACGGGCGAGUGGCUGCAACGUGCGACCGACGUUGUCAUCGGCGAGAUUGCGUGGGCGGCGCGGCAGGAGGGGGAGGAGGAGGAGGUGGCCGCGUCUCGUGAGUACGACCCGAGUGUGCCGGGCGCAGCGGGGAAGGCGGAGGAAGCAGUAGACGAGGGGCAAGGGAGUGCUGCGCAGGUGGAGUGA